AUUAUAGAGUUCAGUGCGCAGCGCUGAAAUUAUUGAAUUGCGCGAAUUCCAAGAACAAUUUAUUUCUCCAAUUUAAACGAGGUUGCGACAUUUCUUGCGCAUUUUUGGAUUACACAUUUUUUCCCGCUUUUGUAAUUGAAAAUUGUAAAUAAAAUGCUUAUGUUUUAUCACAUCAUAAUAAGUAAUUCUCAGAUCACUCUUGGAUCAUUAUGAAUGAGAUAGACUAUUUUCGCUUCCACCUUUGAAGUGAACUAUGGCAUCAUCGGUGCCACGCAGCAGUAGUGGGCGCAUUAUAAAAAAGAACACCAAGUAUGGCGAGAUCCAGGGACAGGCAUUUGAGCGAGUUGUCCAGAAAAUGGUCGGCCCAGACCCUCUCUCUGAUGAGGAGUAUGAUUCUGAGGCGGCACUGGCGGGCGGCACCGCAUCAGAGAGCGAGGAUGGAACAAAGGCCAAUGGUCUCGGCCCCGACCUGGACCCGGAUGACGUGUGCCGGUGCGUGGUCUGCUGGGACCCCUGCUCUCCGGCCCCGGCCGCCGCCAAGGCCUACAAUCGACUCAAUGGAUAUGUGGCAGAGCAUGGGGACAAGCCUGCCCAGCUGAUAACCGGUGCACUGGGUAUGGAUCUGGACGCCGCCGCCAAGUUUGAGUUGCUUUGUCCCGUCUGUGCCGCCCUCGUACGUGAACUUGAGGAGCGUGAACAGCAGGUGCAGCUGCUGCGAGGACAGCUGCUGGAGCGGUUCACGCGCAGCCAGCAGCUGCUGCAGCCGCCGGCAGCUGCUGAGGAGAAGGAGCCAGCAGACGGAGAGACCGAGGGACAGGAGGAUGAAGUGCAGGCGGCCCUGAAGGCGCUGCGAGCCGACGCACAGCACGGCAUGCUUGGAAUUCCCGGGCUGGGCCUGCCACUCCCGGAGCCGCCGCCUGCGGUGCGCUACAUCAUCAGUGGCGAAGGCGACGUCCUGCCUCGAGAGGAAGACACUGUCGAGGCGUAUCUCUCACGCCGAGACGAAUGGAUCACUCAGACCCCCGGCGCUGCAGGUAGCGGGCUAGUCCACGCAGUGGUAGAAGCAUCUGCCGAUGGCAUUGUCCCCCCUCGCGCCGGACCAGGCGUCCAACCAUACCCUUGUUCAGAGUGUGAGAGGGUGUUUUCGUCCCCCGAAGCGCUAGCUCGACAUGAAUACUUCCAGCAUGAGGUGGGGGAGCUACCGGGUGCUCCGGGAGGCAGUACCCAGCGCCCCGCCGCGGUCGCGGUAGAGGUUGUGAUGGAGGAGGCGGGUGCCGCGCUGGGGCAGGAAACAACACUGGAGGAUGAGGAAAAUGAGGACUCUGGGACCUCCAGCGGCGCAGGAAGAGGAGCGGGACAGAUGCCCGGCAAGCGCCGCCGCGGCCGACCCCGGCUGCCCGACAGCGUAGCUCUUCGUUCAGGGCCAUGUCAGUACUGUGGGAAAUUCAUCAAGGUGGAUCUACAGGGUCACAUCAAUCGCUUCCAUACGAUGGUGCGGCCUCACCACUGCGAUAUAUGUGGGAAGAGGUUGGUGAGUCGACAUGCACUGGCUGAACAUCGUCAAGUGAUGCAUGGUGCCGGACAACCAUGUGAUCAUUGUGGAGCAACUUUCGCCAGAAAGAAGCAGCUCUCGAUGCAUCUGUGGCGCAAACAUGGUAUUGGCGGCGUACAAUGCCGCGUGUGCGGCAAAAAGUUUGCCAGAUCGGAUACUCUGGAUGGGCACAUGAGGUGCCACGAACGACCAAUGCAGUGUAGCCUCUGUCCAGCCAGGUAUCCCUUCAAACGUGAGCUACGCAACCACGAGUUCCUGAAGCACGGUCUUCACGGAGAAAUCCCUCGCGACUCUGACCACCGCCCGGGCGAGAUGUACCGGUGUGGAAACUGCGGACGCUGCUUCGGCUCAUGGGCUGGUCGUGACAGACAUACCUGUGACAGCGCAGCGCCCCUAUCGGAUCUCUACGUGUGUCAGCUAUGUGGUGACUGGAGUACUCGCUUCGAGGGUGACAUGGUCAAACACAUGAGGAAUCUGCACAAGAUCGAAGCAGAGACUAUCCUCAUCGCGGAUAUUGAGGACGAUGGAGCCGCGGCGGGAGGACAGGAGGACGCUGCUGUAGCUGAGGAGGAAGAGAAUGAAGAGGAGGAGGACGAGCCUCCAGCCCGUCCCAAUAUUUUGACCAGUGCUUCUAGAGCAAAGGUGAAGGACGAUCAGUAGACAGCUGCCGCUGCUGUGAAGCAAUGUGGUCUCACGACCCUGAGAUGGAGCCGCGGUGAUGCCUCACGACCCUGAGAUGGAGCCGCGGUGAUGAAAAGGAUUGACGUAAUGUCACUGAUGUUUAGACUCUGAUAACGCGUCAGUGUGACGCUGAUUCAUUACAUCAUAUUGAAAGGGCACAGGCCAAGCGCAUGUCAUACUGAAGUCAUUUCAUCCCGAACGCGACAUUGUCUCUGACGGCGAGGCUCUGGAGUGUGUGUUGGGGGGGGGGGGAGGGAGGAGUAAUCAUUACCUUCUCAUGUAGGUUAAUAAGUUGGAUGCAAUCGUGCCUCGAUUCGUAGAAUAUGUGCCCACAUUACGUCUUCAUGCACGGUGAAUUUUGUGUUAAUAUUCCAGACUACGAUCAAUCUAGGGCCGAUUUAAGAAAUUGUAAUUUUGGCAAUGCAUGAAUUCCAAAGCAUCUCGGUUAGCUAUCUGCUCUGAUUUCUGUUUGUAUGCGGCUCGAUGCAUUCCGUUUGGAGCUAUCAUUGGUGACAUUAUGCGAUCACUUGGGAGAAUAUCUGUGGAGCAGGUUAUCGAUAGAUCAGUCAAUUGGGGGAUCAUCCACAAUUCAGUCUGUGUCCGAUGGGAAUGAGGUUGAUGUGUGGCCUUUUUUGGCUUUGGGCGAGUUAUGUUCGCUCAAUUGUCAUGAGACCUAAGUUAGUUGUGUAGGCACUGGUGUAUUUUAAUGGAUAUCAGUGGUGCACCUGUGAUGUGUGAAAUACGUUUGUUUUGUUUUCGAUGCGCACAUUUCCUAAGUUCGCAAGAUUGCAUGUUGAUUUCUAGUUAAGUUUCUCUUGGGUGUAUUCGCGUUACUUUCAUUUUCCAUCCUGUGUGCUAUGGGAGCCGAUUUGUAUAUGUUUUGUUGAAACCUUUCAAUGUCAUCUUCGACUUGCUGGUUGCAUUUUCAUGACCAUAUGAUAUAAUACAGAGACUUCAUGCGCAUAUCA